AGAGCAAGAACAAGGGGGAGGGCGUGGACCCUUUGUAGCGGACUAGGAAGAGUCUUCGAAGACUCUUUGGCGAGGGAGACUUUUAUUUAAAUGCUUCAUCCACCCCCUUCCAUCCAAGACGUUCUUUCUCCUCUAUCGAUUUCGAGCAAAAUCUCUCCGCCAGCCCAUUAGCGUGUAGAGAAGGAUGGGUACUGACGGUCCAGUCGGCAGCAGCAGCUAUCCGGAGCUCGAGCAGGGCCGAGCUUGACUUUGGCAUAGCCUCGCUCUAUAUCCAGCUGUUCAAGUUUGUUAGAAAAGUGUGUACAUUACUGUGAUAAAGACAGACACCACGUUGAAAACGUCACAUCCUGUAAUGGACUUUGCUUUGGCCGGCGAAAACAUCACUCUUGCAUCGGACUUACUUUCACAGGCGUCCGCCCUCUCUGCUUCCUCCUACAUAAGAUAGAUGGUGCAUAGCAGUACUCCUUCCAGAACCCACAAAAGACUACAGCAAAUUAAUUCGCAGCCUAAAUAGUAGUUAGCGGGAAGUGGAAUUACAGCAAACACAAACCAUGGCUAAUGGUACCAGCUUCUACUCGACCAGCAUGCACCAUUACCAGCAAGCGUGCCGGGAGGAUCCAAAGUUGUCGACCAACGACGAAAAGUUUCAGCAGAGGAUGAAGAGCAUGGUGCAGGGCAUCCACUCUCAUGGACAUGAAGAAGGUAAUAGCAGCACCCUUAUUCUUUCCUUUGAUAUCAUAAAGGAGGCGACCAUAUCCAUACGCGAGAUUAACAACUUAGCUGUUGGGGAGAUAUUGGCCUACAAGCAAGACAUAGGCAAUGCCCAAAUCCUCCCGAUGGUCAAGAGUUACUUCGAGCUUUGCAAGACGACAUUGGAUUCCUUACGUGAGUUGAAGGUACGUCUCCAUUGCACCAUAAACAAACUGAUGGCGUUUCGUGGCGGCCAGCCUGUGAAUAAGAAGGUGAGGGAAACAGUCACAUUUGCUGAGGGCGCCGUGGACUGCUUUUUUCUCUCGCUUCCCGGUCUUAUCCAGAAGCACGUCCAGGUGCUCCACAAGCUGCAGCUGGCAAGGGAUAAGGAAAUGCCAACCAGAGCAGGGAAAGCAAAGAACCCAACACUUCGAAGAGUAAUCAUGAUCAUGUUCUGUACUGUGUUCGCUGGCGCCGUGAUCAUUUCGAUCUUGGCAGCAACCCUGCAUGCACCCCCAAUUUUGGCGGUGCUCUCGGUGGCCGUCAUCAACAUAUUGAGCUGGCGUCCUUUCGUCAAAUGGGUGGAAGGUUUCUGGGCCAUAAGCAAGGAAACGAAGGGAGUGGCCACGGGGGAGAAGAGAAUCAUUGUAAUUCGAGAAUUGGAGGACAUCAAACUUUUAACGGUAUGGAAUGGGGACAGAGCAGUCGUGUUGAAGACAAUGGCUGAAUUGAGUAAGCAGAUAGAAAAAUGCUACGAUGAGAUUUGCAUGGCAAGAAGGAACAUUUUGUCAAAAUUUGCAUAGCUCUAGAGGCGCAGAGAUCGUGCUAGAGUAUUUGUCUACCAGCAAAGAGCCCGUUUGGAGGAGAAGAAAGAUGCAUUUCUGGAGAAAAUGUCUAGGAAGUUUGAUAACUUUACAAUGAACGAAUAAAUAGUAGCAAUAUGUAAGGGGAAAAUGUUAAUUUGGGAAAACAAAAAAAGUUUUUUUUUUUUUUUGAGAAAUCUUUCUAUGAUCGUCUUCCAAAUUCCAAUUAAUUCACGCACACACCCCACACACAAUCUCUCUCUCUCUCUCCCUCAGUGACUUUUUUUAGGGUCCGUUUGAUGCACGAGAAGAAUUUAAUGUGGUAAAUUUACCAUGGUAAAUUUUUUUGAAAAAAUUUACAGGAUGAAAUUUCUCUCUCUUUCAAUUUGAGGUCAUGUUUGAUGACAGGGUAGAAUUUAACGUGGCAAAUUUAACCAGAUGCACAUGUUAGUUUUUUUGUUUGAUGCAGAGGGUAAAAAAUUUGAAAUAUAAAAUUUCCACAGUUGACGAGGACAUUGAUAUUGCUCCAAAGUACAUCCUUCCUAUGUUGUCCAUGCUGCCAGAUGAUCCUGAGGAAAGUGUCCGAAUUUCUUAUGCUAGCAACAUUUCCAAGAUUGCUCUCACUGCUUUCAGGUUUCUUAUUCAUUCAGAAAGGUUGAAGCAGUUGUUGUCCUGAAUUUGCAAAAUAAAAAGUCAUCAAGUUGCAAUAGUAUAAGUGAACCAUUUGAACAAAUUCAGGACUCAUGUAAUGAUGCCCAACUUGUUCGAUUGAGAAAGUCUAUUGGUGAGGUUCUGCAAGAACUGGUUAUGGGGCCAAAGCAAACACCAAACAUUAGAAGGGCACUUUUGCAUGACAUUGGCAAUUUAUGUUGUUUCUUUGGUAAGAUGCAGAGCAAUGAUUUCUUGUUGCAAGAAGCCCCAAAAGGGGUUGGCUUAGCCAGCCAUUAGAGCUGCAGAGCAGCAAGUCUAUUAAUACUGCUGCUCUACGAGCUCGACCAGAAGUUGAGGUUGGGGCUAGGCUAAGACCAGUUGAAAUAGUCAUGUCCAGUAUGUCUGGUAGUCUAUAUGUAAGAGAAGCUUCAACCACAGAUAAGUUGCAAUUCU